AUGUUUCAUACCUCUGAGUCUGAUCUAUUCUUUUAUCUAUGUAUUCCCCUCUCCAUUCUGUUGGUGUUCUUAAUACUUUUCAAAUGGCUUUCAUCUGUUCCAGAAAGCCACAAAAACAGACCACCAUCCCCCCUAAAGCUUCCAGUUAUUGGAAAUCUUCACCAAUUAGGCUCAAGCCCACACAGCUAUCUCCAUGACUUGGCAAAAAAACAUGGUCCACUCAUGUUGAUUCACCUUGGUAGUGUACCUGUUGUUGUAGCCUCCACACCUGAAACAGCCCAAGAAAUCUUGAAAACUCAUGAUUUAGAGUUUUGUUACAGACCCAAAUCGAGUAUAUCCCAUGCACUUAGUUUUGGCUCUAAGGACAUAGCAUUUUCCCCUUAUGGAGAAUAUUGGAGGCAAAUCAAGAGCAUAUCCAUGCUCCAGCUUCUAAGUACUCAACGGGUUCGGUCAUUUCGACAAGUGAGGGAAGAGGAGACUAGAGUUAUGAUUGACAUGAUUACAAAAAGCCAUGGUUCUUUGGUUGAUUUUAAGGAGUUGCUAACUUCACUUACAAGCAACGUAGUUUGUAGGGUGACCCUCGGGAAGACAUAUCAAGGGUUAAAGUUCAAACACUUGUUGACAAGGGUCACAUAUCUGCUUGGCGUUUUCAGUGCUGGGAGUUACAUUCCAUGGCUGUCAUGGGUGGGUCGGUUGUGGGGUUUAGAACGUGCAGCCAUUGAACUUGCUCCAGAAGUUGACGCCUUCCUCGAGGGAGUUCUUGAAGAACAUAUAAACAAGAGGAGCAGAGCAGAUGUUGAUGAUGAAACUGACAAACCCCAAGAUUUUCUCGACAUCUUACUCGAUCCCAUCAUAUCCCUUCACAGAGAUACUGUUAAAGCUAUAAUCCUGAACGUCUUCGCUGCUGGAAUCGAAUCUACAGCCGCAAGCAUCGAAUGGGCCUUGAGUGAGCUACUAAGACACCCACAAGCGAUGAGAAAGCUGCAGCUAGAAGUAAGCGAAGUAGCACAAGGAAGAUCCACGAUCAGCGAAGAGGAUGUAGAGAAAAUGCCCUACCUGAAAGCCGUGAUCAAAGAGGCACUGAGGUUACAUCCUCCAGCCCCGCUACUGAUUACUCGAGAAGCAAUAAAAGAUGUCAAGUUAAUGGGGUAUGACAUUGCAGCAGGUACACAAGUGCUCGUCAAUGCCUUUGCAAUAGCAAGAGAUCCUUCACUAUGGGAUGAACCAGACAAGUUUAAGCCAGAGAGGUUUCUAAGCAAUGCCAUUGACUAUAAAAGGCAUCACUUCGAGUAUCUUCCAUUUGGUGCAGGCCGAAGAAUGUGUCCUGGCACUCAAUUCUCUAUAGCUAUCGAUCAGAUCGUUAUAGCGAAUUUAGUGUACAAAUUUGAUUUGGCAUUGCCUGAUGAUGAAGAACUGGACAUGAGUGAGAAUAUGGGUCUUGUUGUCCAUAAGAUGGCUCCUUUAAUGGCCAUGGCGAUUCCCCAUUUCUAG